UCGAGUCCCGAGGGAUCCUUCCGCUCCACCAUUCUCUUGGUCAAACCGCCCCUCCUCCUCCGCCCCUCACCCUGCUCUCUCUCUCUCUCGUUCUCAGCCUCUGUUCCAGUGUUCCUUCCUCCUCCACUCUUUAUUAUAUUUUACUCUUCUCUCUCCAGCGUAAAAAACAAAUCGUGCUGUGCGAACGAUGAGAGAGAAAAGAGAGACGGAGGCAAGUAAUGGCAGGAGGAACCUUCUUUUCCUGACUCCCUGUGGCUGCAGAGUGCCCAUCAUUUGUCCCUGAUCCUUGUGCUUCGUUCCUGUUGCGCUUUCCUUGGGCCAUCGGUAGACUGAGCCGUCGCGAAGCCUUCCCGUUCCCACAAGGGGUGUGGCGUGGAGCGAGCCUCGCCACCACUGGGCUCCUCCGGCGACCUCCUCCCUCCAGUCACAGGUUGAGCAAUCCAAGCUGAGAUGGAAGGCCAUGUAGCAAUGGGGUGGAAGGAUCCUAAUCCAGGCCAAGAAUCUUCCAUGGUCUUCCAAUCCAGAGCUGUUCGGCCAGACACCGUAGAGGGGCACAGCAACGAGGACGUUGAAGCCGGAUUUGAGAAGCAUGGCUUGUCAGCCGCCUUAAACUCGCCUCAGCACGAAGGCCGAUCACUGCCACUGACCCCACAGUUUGGCCAGAACUCCAGUCCUGGAAGCAGCCUCGCCGAGAGGAUGCAGGCAAGAGCCGGAUUCAAGGUGCCGAAGCUGAACAUGCCUUUCAGCACGGUAGCUGGAGAUGAUAGUUCAGUGCCAGGAGCUCCAUCGCCCUACCUCACGAUCCCGCCUGGCUUGAGCCCAGCAACGCUGCUGGAGUCACCUGUCUUCAUUUCGAAUGCCCUGGGACAAGCCUCACCAACCACGGGGAAGCUAUUCUUGUUUGGUAGCACAAAUGACAACGAUCCUAUUCGACCUGGAGGCCCUCCAGUUGGAGAUGGCACUGAUGCUUUUUCUUUCAAGCCCUUAGAUCUGAAAUCCUCACACUACACUGCUGAAGUAAUGAAGGAACAAAAUACGCAGUCUUCUGUGAAGACUGAAGCUAAGACUCAGGCAGUCCAAGAGGCUAAUUUGCUGGGCCAACUGAACCAGCAGAAUCACGAUGGGCAGACAAACAUGAAUAGUGACGGUGCUCGUGACUCCAAGCUCAGCCGUCUUGCGUCUGGCACCGGUGCAGGCAAUGAACACGCAUCACCCCCGGAUUACGGCCAGAGAGCCGAGGAAGCUGAUGCGAGGGAAGACUACCCGGCGGCAAUGGCCGUUACAGCGCCAGCGGAGGACGGGUACAGCUGGAGGAAGUACGGGCAGAAGCAGGUGAAGCACAGCGAGUACCCGCGCAGCUACUUCAAGUGCACGCAUCCCAACUGCCUGGUGAAGAAGAAGGUUGAGCGCUCGCACGAGGGGCACGUCACGGAGAUCAUCUACAAGGGAACGCACAACCACCCGAAGCCCACGCAGAGCCGCCGGCCAGGCGCAGGCGCGCACCCGUUGGGCGGCGGUGCGCAGGCGGACGCAGCCGACAACCUGCAGGGGUCACAGGCAAACGCGGCGGAAGCCAACCAGGCGUGGCGUGCGGGUGUCCAGGAUGGCGUGGACGCGACGUCGCCCCCGUCGGUUCCCGGUGAGCUCUGUGACUCGGCGGCGUCGAUGCAGGUCGACUGCGCGGCCCGGUUUGGGUCCCCCGAGGGCGCGGACGUGACGUCUGCCGUGUCUGACGAGGUGGACGGGGACGACAGGGUGACUCUGACUCAUGGCGGUGCCAACGCGGCGGAGGGCGACGAACUGGAAUCUAAACGAAGGAAGCUGGAGUCAUACGCCAUUGACAUGAGCACUGCGUCGAGAGCUGUUCGCGAGCCUCGAGUGGUGAUCCAAACGACGAGCGAGGUGGACAUCCUCGAUGACGGCUACCGCUGGCGCAAGUACGGGCAGAAGGUCGUCAAGGGCAACCCGAAUCCAAGGAGCUACUACAAGUGCACGCAACCGGGCUGCACGGUGCGGAAGCACGUGGAGCGCGCGUCGCACGACCUCAAGGCCGUGAUCACCACGUACGAGGGCAAGCACAACCACGAGGUUCCCGCCGCGAGGAACAGCGGCCACCCGAGCGCCGCGGCGGCGCCAGGCGCGGGUGGCCCGCGCAGGCAGGAGCACCCGUCCGUGCACGACGGCCUGAUGAGACAGCACCUGGGCGGCUGCGGCGUGCCGUUCGGCCUGCCGCCGCCGCCGCCGCCGCCAAGGGACCCGCUGGCGCCGAUGCGCAACUACCCGACGUACGGCUUCACUGCCCUUGGCGCCGGCUCCACGUCACUGCCGAGCCUGCCGAUGCUCCCGGUGUUGGCGCCGUCCUCCCUGCACCAGCACCCGCUGCUGAGGCACCGGCAGGCGGUGCAGGCUGCCGGUCUCGCGUGGCGCCCAAGGCCGACGUGAAGGUAGAGGGCAGCGUUGCCGGCGGCGGGAUCCCGUCGGUGUACCAGCAGAUGAUCCGCUGCGGGCUGCGUCUGCCCCACCAGAUGUAGAUACUUAAAAGUGGAGAGGAUUAGAGUGAUUCUCAAGUUCGUUUCUUACCAUUCCUGUUAGUAUGAGUUCGUGAUAAGUAUUAUAGCGUGGAAACUGACGCCCGCUGCAUUCGUUUUUUUUCACCCUUCUGUUCCACUUCAUUUUUUCCCGUAUUUAUUUAUUUACUACCCUUCCUCAAUGAUAUUCGGUUCUUCUUGUUCAGCAA